GUCUGUUCCCACUCCCUAGACAUGUGCACAGACUACUAGACUUCACUGCUCUGGCUGCAGCAGGGAAGCGGGACGCCCCUUUGGCAAUCUGUCAGUGCCAACCUGAGCUGCAUCCUUUCACUGGGUAUUUCCUAAGCUGACUGACAGUCCUUAAAACAAGUAUGCAGUUAAGCUGCUAAGAGAUGGAGGAAGCUAGUUUGUGCCUUGGUGUUUCUUCAGCUGUGCCAGAAGCUGAUGCCCAUCUCAACAGCACCAUACUCAAUGGGCAGUAUUCAAUGAGCCAGAAGCUGCACCAGAUCACUUCCCAGCUCAGCCAUGCCUUCCCGGAGCUCCAGAACAGGCAGAAUCCAGAGGAGAAGGCGUCAGCGCCGCUAGAAGACAAAAGCCACAUGUCCAUAGCAAACCAGCCCAUCAGCAGUCAGAUGGCACUGUUGGCAAACCAGCUCAAUAGAGAGGUUGAUACCAGUUUGAAUGGGCGCGUGGAUCUGCAGCAGUUCUUAAAUGGACAAAACCUAGGGAUUAUGUCUCAGAUGAGCGAUAUAGAGGAUGAUGCCAGGAAAAACAGAAAGUACCCAUGUCCCCUCUGUGGGAAACGCUUUCGAUUUAACAGCAUCCUGUCACUACACAUGCGAACUCAUACUGGAGAGAAACCAUUUAAGUGUCCAUACUGUGACCACAGAGCAGCUCAAAAAGGCAACCUGAAGAUACACCUGCGUACUCAUAAGCUUGGAAACCUUGGCAAAGGUCGUGGAAGAGUCCGAGAAGAAAACAGACUUUUACAUGAGCUGGAGGAGAGAGCAAUUCUUCGGGACAAACAGAUGAAGAGCAGCCUCUUGCAGCCACGACCUGAUGUGAAAGCACAGCAGCACACCCAGCCAAUGCCUCUCGCAAACUGUAACUUGUCUGUGCCGGCUAAUCACAGCACACCUGAUAUUUCAAACCCUGUUCCCUCUCCAAAGCCAGUCAGUGUCCAGGAAGAAGUUGUCGCUCAGACAGCUGGGUUCAGAUGCACGUUUUGCAAAGGCAAGUUUAAGAAGCGAGAAGAGCUGGACAGGCACAUAAGGAUCCUGCACAAGCCUUACAAGUGCACCCUGUGUGACUUCGCCGCCUCGCAGGAGGAGGAGCUGAUUAGCCACGUGGAGAAGGCUCACAUAACUGCAGAAUCAGCACAGGGCCAGGGCUCCAACGGGAACGGGGAGCAAUCCACAAACGAGUUUCGUUGCGAGGUGUGUGGCCAAGUGUUUAGCCAAGCCUGGUUCCUAAAAGGCCACAUGAGAAAGCACAAGGAUUCCUUUGAACACUGCUGUCAGAUCUGCGGGAGGCGAUUCAAAGAGCCUUGGUUUCUUAAAAAUCACAUGAAAGUUCACCUGAACAAGUUAUCUGUAAAGAACAAAUCUCCUAAUGAUCCCGAAGUACCUGUCUCCAUCAGCAGCAUGUCUCAGGAAGCUCAUGCAAACUUAUAUUCAAGAUAUCUGUCAUGUUUGCAGAGUGGGUUUCUUCCUCCUGACAAAGCGAGUCUAAGUGAACAGAGUCAAAUCUAUAACAAAGGAGAUAUGCCCAUGAAAGAGAAAGAAGUCUUGGGGAAGCUCCUUUCGCCCAUUUCUGGCAUCGGCCACAGUAUUGCUGAAGGGGAUAAACAUUCUUUAUUGGGCUGUCUCAAUCUGGUGCCUCCUCUGAAAUCCAGCUGUAUAGAAAGGUUACAAGCUGCCGCCAAAGCGGCAGAGAUGGAUCCAGUAAACAGCUAUCAGGCCUGGCAGCUUAUGGCAAGGGGAAUGGCCAUGGAACAUGGCUUUUUGUCUAAAGAGCAGCAGAUACAGCGCAGCCAUGAAGACACUUUGGCAAAUGCUGGAGUUAUGUUUGAUAAGGAGAAGCGGGAGUAUGUGUUAGUAGGAGCAGAUGGCUCUAAGCAGAAAAUGCCUGCUGAUUUGGUUCACAGCACUAAAAUGGGCAAUCAGAGAGACUUGCCAAACAAACUAGACCCUUUAGAAGGCAGUAGAGAUUUUUUGUCACAUGGUAUGAACCAGGGACUCGAUUACAACUUACAAAGUCAUGGAAACGUAAAAGAAAAGCCAACUGAAUGCCCGGACUGUGGAAGGGUUUUUAGAACAUACCACCAAGUGGUCGUUCACUCCAGGGUCCACAAAAGAGACAGGAAAGGAGAAGACGAAAUAAUUCAAGGUAGUCUUGAUGAGCGACGUGGGUCUGGAAGUGAUCAAGAGUCUCAGUCUGUCAGCAGGUCGACAACACCAGGGUCCUCUAACAUUACUGAAGAAAGCGGAGUAGGUGGGGGUCUCUCGCAGACGGGGAGUGCCCAGGAGGAUAGCCCACAUCCUUCCUCACCCUCCUCUUCAGACAUUGGAGAAGAAGCUGGGAGAUCUGUAGGAGUCCAGCAGCCAGCUUUACUGAGAGACAGGAGCCUUGGUUCUGCCAUGAAAGACUGCCCAUAUUGUGGAAAAACUUUCAGAACAUCACAUCACUUAAAGGUCCACUUGAGAAUACAUACAGGUGAGAAGCCUUACAAGUGUCCGCAUUGUGAUUAUGCUGGUACUCAGUCUGCGUCCCUCAAAUACCACUUGGAACGGCACCAUCGGGAGCGACAGAAUGGAGCAGGACCACUCUCUGGGCAGACUGCAAAUCAAGAACACAAAGAUGAGACAUCAAGUAAAAGUUCUGUGUUUAUUAGACCAGAUAUAUUGAGAGGAGCCUUCAAGGGGCUUCCCGGUAUCGAUUUCCGAAGUGGCAUGGUCUCGCAGCACUGGACGUCAGGAAUGCUGUCUUCUGGAGAUCAGCAAGGACAAGCAGCUGGCAUGUCAUCUGAAGUAUCUUCAGAAAAUAUGAAGGGUUCAGACAUAUCUUCCAAAGGAACACACUUCUCUGAACUUGGCCGUGCUUACCAGAAUAUGGUUGGGAACGGUGUGAACUUUCAAGGGUCUUUGCAAGCUUUCAUGGACAGCUUUGUCCUAAGUUCUUUGAAGAAAGAAAAAGAAAUGAAGGAUAAAGCUCUCUCAGAUCCACUUUCAGCAAAAGCUCUGGGCUCAGAUGGUGGUGAGGAAAAGAUAAAUAGCAAGUCCUCACAGCGAAAAACAGAAAAGUCACAAUACGAACCUCUUGACUUAUCCGUAAGGCCAGAUGCAGCCUCCCUCCCAGGUUCAUCUGUUACUGUGCAAGACAAUAUUGCUUGGCACGGCUGCUUAUUUUGUUCCUUUACAACUUCAUCUAUGGAACUGAUGGCUCUGCACCUCCAGGCCAAUCACUUGGGCAAAGCUAAACGUAAAGACAACAUCAUAGGGAACAACAAAGACCAAUCUAGAGAAGCUUCAGCCUCGGUUAAUAAAGUGAGCUUGCUCCCCUCUUCUGUGCAGUCCAGCAAGGAGGCAGUAGUUUCAAACAUGCUGAGCCAGCUGGACUCAGCUUCUGAGAAAAUGACCCAAGGACAAAACAAAGAGACCCUGGGAGAGCAAAAGAGCACUGCCUGGCCCAGCCACAUGGAAUCCACUUUUUGUAAUUUUACAACAGACUUCUAUAAGCAGUUUGGUGUUUAUCCUGGUGUUAUUGGCACGGGAACACAAAAUUCUUGCACCAGUAAUGAAUCCGAAAUAAAAACACAAUCCGAAGAUGACCCAAAUAUUCUGCUUUCUGACUCUGUAAAUAAAAGUGCUACUGAUGACCUUUCUGACAUAGCUUCAUCUGAGGAUAUGGAAUCUUCCAAGGAAGAAAACAUUGAAGAUGAGGACAUUGACACAGAACCAGAUAUUAUGAAUAAGCAGUUGUCUGCCCUAAAUAAAGAAAGCAGUGAAGGAGGCGACAAUAUACAAAGUGCAGUCACCUCACAACCAACACAAGGGCUCGUAUCACCACUGCCGCAAGCGUCAGAAAAGCAGUGGCACGGUCAGAAUCUUCUGUCCUCCCAUGAAACUGCACAAGGAGUGAUGAAACCUGAACAAGUUCAGGGUCCACAGGUCCUGGAGAAGCAGAUGAACAUGUUGUCAGUCCUAAGAGCUUACAGCUCUGAUGGCUUAGCAGCCUUUAAUGGACUUGCAAGUAGCACAGCAACUAGUGGAUGUAUCAAGAGACCUGACUUGUGUGAAAAGAUACUGUCUGAAUCAACAUUGACUUCCUAAGCAGAAGCUAAGGACCCAAUCUUGCAUCCCUCAUUCUCGAUGAGUGGGACUACUUACAUGACUAAGGAUUGCAGAACCAGGUCCUAUGUUUCUUUGACUUCAAACUUCAUUGCUAUAUUCAUGUAAUUUAAUUUGAUUGUAUUUUGUUGUAUCAGAAAUCGGUCAGGUGAUAAGUUCGGUAUCACCGUUUUGUUUACUGUUGAAAACUUUUAUUUCUUACCAUUUUUCACAUUGCGGUGCAACAUUCCCAUUCCAUUUAUGUUUCUGGAAAUUAACCCCUAAAAUAUCUGAUACAGCUAAGUGCUGAGUACCUUCUAUUCCCAGUGAAACUGGAGGCAUUCAGUCCCUCCUAGCACCAGAUCUGAAAGGGGGAUUGUGUUUGCAAAAGGAGGCCUUGGUAUGUGCCUUGAUUUCAGACUUCAGUGGCCAGCCGCACCAAGGCAAAUCCCUAGCACAGAAAGGCUUUUCUUUUCUUUGCAGAGACAAAAUAAUGAUGUAAGCUUAGAGCUGUAUGAUUUUACUCUAAGUUUCAUCUCCCAAAUAAUAUAUUCUUAUUGUUUUUGUCAUAUCCAGGUCAAAUUUAAAUUAUAAUUUAGGAUUAGGCAGAGGCAUAGAGAUGUUUCCAGACCUUUCCAAAGUGAGACAAUGCUCUGGUUUGUGUUUUGGUUCAGGAAUAUAUAUUCUUGUGUCAGAGGUAUAGUAUUUCCGAUAACUACUCAUAAACACGAACAAUUUAGACAUCCUUGUAAGUCAAAACUAAGUGUACAAUUAAUACCUAUUAUGAGGCCAAUUUUAAACAAUUAAUUUGACAGCAAUUAUAAUUUUACGUUACAGGCUUUCAGAAAUAAAUAACCAAAUUCAUCUUUGUAAUCUAAGGAACUUAGGAUAUCUUUAUGCAGAGAUGAUCUUAUUAUGCACAGUAUUGCAUAUCUGGAAUGUCUGAGGUUUGCUCCCACCUAUCUAGAUACUUGUAGUACCAGGGAUAAAUAAUUACCUGAGGCUUAUUAAUUGUUUCAGCAAAGAAAAAAAAAUAUACCUUAAGUGUAAGCAUUAAUAUAUGUAUACACAAUACAUCCACAAUAUAUAACAAACCAUCAUAAUAGUACAAAAAUAGAGGUCCUGAAUAUGUUCUGUUAUUUAUGUGUUUGGCAAGCUUAGGGAAUGGACUUUAGUAUGAGUGAAAAUUCUCUUAACAUUUUUAAGGUUAUUUAUUGUCAUUUCUAUUUGAGUUUUUAAUGGUCCUGUAUUUUGUAAUGCUUUAGCAGGAAAAAAUACUGUAGUUAUCUUUUUUCAUAUACUUUAAGCAAUAUUUCUAGCUUAAUAUAUUGUGCCAGGUUUUCCAAUAUUAACCAAGAAAGACAGUAAAAUUCAAUGAACAGCACUCUGACAUCCACGAUUUAAAACCUGUGAUUGAAGUGAAAUGUGUAAACUUCUAGUGGGUUAUCAUGUGCUUUGGAAUAGAGUAUUGUUGGAAGUAAUUAGAAAAUAUAUUAAGGUUUCCUGGUAAUGAAGGUAUGUAAGUUUUAAUAAUUGUUGCUUUCUGAAUAAGUGUCAAACUAUAUCUUUAAAUGUAUAUGGAGUUACAAGUUAGGUCACUUCUGAAUGGAAUGUAAAACAAUACUAAAAUGCUUCAAUAACUUAUCUCAGUGUUGCUAAUAAAAAAAAAGCUGU